GGGGGGACGAGGAAUUCACUCCCGUGUGUCCUGUCUGAGGAGCAACAGCUCAGCAAAAGAGACAAACCUGCGCUGACAAGAUGGUGUGUUUCCGGGGACAUUUCAGGGUAACCAGUUUGACGGAUUGACUGAAGGGACUGACCAAACAAAUCACGGAGCACUCAGUAGAGGACAGCCGGGGAGGCUCACGCCGCUAUCAGAGAUGUCCCUGCUGUGUGUGGGAGUGAAGAAAGCCAAGCUGGAUGGACCCCAAGAGAAGUUCAACACUUAUGUGACCCUCAAGGUACAAAAUGUGAAGAGCACAACCAUUGCUGUCAGGGGCAACUUGCCCAGCUGGGAGCAAGACUUCAUGUUUGAAAUUAACCGCUUGGACCUGGGUCUGACAGUAGAGGUGUGGAACAAAGGGUUAAUCUGGGACACCAUGGUCGGCACGGUGUGGAUCCCCCUCCGGAGCAUUCGACAGUCUAAUGAGGAAGGUCCAGGCGAGUGGCUCACACUGGACUCUCAGGUCAUCAUGACUGAUAAUGAGAUAUGUGGCACCAAAGAACCCACUCUUCACCUGGUGCUGCUCGACACGCGCUUCGAACUGCCUCUUGAUAUCCCUGAGGAUGAGGCACGGUACUGGGCCAAAAAACUGGAGCAGCUCAAUGCCAUGAGGGACCAAGAUGAGGAGCAAGAACGCCCCCUCCGUGCACCAGGAACCCAGUGCUGUAACUGGAGUCUUUGGGGAGACCAACAAAAUGAAGAUCCUGACAGCGCAGUGGAUGAUAGAGACAGCGACUACCGAAGCGAAACCAGUAACAGCAUCCCCCCUCCCUUCUACAGCACAUCCCAGCCCAACGCCUCUGUCCACCAGUAUCCAAUCAGCCAGCAGCAUCGCAACUCCAGAAGUUACUCUUACCCACGCUCUGGCAACAGCCAGGACCUCGAAUACAACCAACAGAGGACUGUCAGCCCCUCAGGGAGCUACGCCUCAUCUGCAGAGCUAAGUCGUUGCAGCAGUCAACUGAGCGAGGAGGACUACGGCGGCGAGUAUGGAGAAAGGGACCCUUACGACGAGAAUGACUCCUACCACUCCUGCCACUCGUCUGUGAGCUACAGCAAAGGCUCUCCAGACUGGGACCCUGAUGAGACCCAGGGGCAGUACAGUGACGAGGGCGGCUACAGCAAAGAUGGAGGAGAGGAGGCAGCUCUCUAUGAGGAGGAAGAUGGAGGACUGUAUGAGGGAGAAGAAGGAGGACUCUAUGAGGAUGAGGAGAUGAUGUAUGAUGAUGAGGAUUUGUACAAUUUGGAUGGGACCCUCAGUGAGGACUUGGAGCCUCCUUUCACCCCCACCCCAACAUCAACAGCUCCCACAACUUUGGAUGUACCUGGCUCCAGACCUCCUCUCGAAAAACAACCGUCUUUACAUCAACAGCAGCCCACUUCUCAACCCCCUAACCAAACACCCAACCAGUCUAAUCCUCCUGGCAUGGCCCCAUCAGCACAGCCCACUUCUGGUCAACCGACAGCCCAACCACUUAAACAGCCCCUUCCCCAAACACAGCCUCAGCCUCAGGCAGCCCCCUCUGCCACUUCCUUCUUCUCAAUGGCCAAACCGUUAACUGCUGCAGUCACAGGUUUGGCCUCUACUUUCCUGUCUUCUGUUCCCGCAGCUCAGCCCGCCCAGUCUCACCCUCCAGCCUCAGCCAUUUCUCAGCAACAGCAGCCUCCUGCAACUAGCUCUGUCCCUCCAUCUCACCCAGCCACCAUGGCUAACUCAGCCUCCCAGCCCCCCAACGCUUCUCUGGGCCCUCCCUCCCAACAGACUCCUUCCUCUGGGCCGCCUCAAUCCCAACCCAAUGGUCCUGCUACCACCCAGUCAGAACUACCCGAGGAACAGGAUCUCUACCUGGAGGAAGAACCAUGGCUAGAAGAGGAAAUGGAAUUGGAGAAGGAGGCCCCAACACCUCCCGCUCAACUAGAGGAGGAGCUCCCAGAGGAGGAUACAGAUGAGCGUUUUGAUGACAGCAGGCCGCCGACGCCAGUAGAGGAAAAAGAGAUGCCUCCUGAGAGUCCUCCAGUCAUAGAGGAGCCAAAAGAGCCAGUGGAUCCAGCAGUCAGAGCCAAAGAGAACUGGCUCAGAAUCUACAACAAAGUCUUAGAACAGCUUCGGGAGGCCCGCGGGGAGACUUCCAACUCUCUGUGGUUUGGUAAAGGAGGAAUGGGAGGUGCACUUUACAGUAUUGACAGCAUGCCUGACCUUCGCAAGAGGAAAGCCAUUCCUCUAGUCAGAGAUCUGGCUAUGUCUCUAGUGCAGAGCUCUCGUAAGGCUGGAAUCACCUCGGCCAUGGCUUCCACCACUCUCGGCAACGAAGAGCUGAAAAGUCAUGUUUAUAAGAAGACCCUGCAGGCUCUCAUCUACCCCAUCUCCUCCACCACACCCCAUAACUUUGAGGUGUGGACAGCCACCACCCCCACCUACUGCUACGAAUGUGAGGGGCUGCUAUGGGGUAUCGCCCGACAAGGCAUGCGCUGCUCUGAGUGCGGCGUCAAAUGCCACGAUAAGUGCCAGGAUCUGCUGAAUGCUGACUGUCUUCAAAGAGCAGCAGAAAAGUGCUCCAAGCAUGGUGCAGAGGACAGAACCCAGAACAUCAUCAUGGUUCUGAAGGACCGCAUGAAGAUCAGAGAGCGGAACAAGCCGGAAAUCUUUGAGCUCAUUCUGGAAGUGUUUGCCCUCGACAAAACAACGCACGGCACUCAAAUGAAACAAAUCAAGCAAAGCGUGCUUGAUGGGACCUCUAAGUGGUCAGCCAAGAUCAGCAUCACAGUUGUAUGUGCUCAGGGUCUGCAGGCUAAAGACAAAACGGGUUCUAGUGAUCCUUAUGUGACUGUUCAAGUUGGAAAGACCAAAAAGAGAACCAAGACCAUCUACGGCAACCUCAACCCCGUCUGGGAAGAAAAUUUCCAUUUCGAAUGCCACAACUCAUCUGACCGCAUAAAGGUUCGUGUGUGGGAUGAGGAUGAUGACAUUAAGUCACGUGUGAAACAAAGGUUUAAACGUGAAAGCGAUGACUUCCUGGGUCAAACCAUCAUUGAAGUCCGGACUCUGAGCGGGGAGAUGGACGUCUGGUACAACCUAGACAAGAGAACCGAUAAGUCUGCUGUGUCAGGAGCCAUCCGGAUGCACAUUAGUGUGGAGAUCAAAGGAGAGGAGACAGUUGCCCCAUACCAUGUUCAGUACACCUGUCUACAUGAGCAUUUGUUCCAGUACACCACUGAGGAGCAGAACGGCGGUGUUGUAAAGAUCCCGGAUGCCAAAGGGGACGAUGCCUGGAAGGUUUAUUUUGAAGAGACGGCCCAGGAGAUAGUGGACGAGUUUGCCAUGAGAUAUGGAGUAGAAUCAAUCUACCAGGCCAUGACGCACUUUGCCUGCUUGUCAUCUAAAUACAUGUGCCCAGGAGUGCCAGCUGUGAUGAGUACCCUGCUUGCAAACAUCAACGCUUACUACGCCCACACCACCCAGUCCUCCAACAACGUUUCUGCAUCUGACAGAUUUGCUGCAUCAAACUUUGGUAAGGAGAGGUUUGUCAAACUGCUGGAUCAGCUGCACAACUCUCUGAGGAUUGACCUAUCCAUGUACCGGAAUAACUUCCCUGCCAGCAGUCCUGAAAGACUACAAGACUUAAAGUCUACAGUUGAUCUCUUGACCAGCAUCACUUUCUUCAGGAUGAAGGUCCAGGAGCUGCAGAGUCCCCCCAGGGCGAGCCAGGUGGUGAAAGACUGUGUGAAAGCCUGUCUCAACUCCACCUACGAGUACAUUUUCAACAACUGCCACGACCUCUAUAACAGGGAAUAUCAGACAGACCCUUCAAAGGCUGUCCCUCCAGAUGAACAAGGUCCCAGCAUCAAAAACCUAGACUUCUGGUCCAAACUCAUCACACUUAUCGUCUCUAUCAUAGAGGAGGACAAAAACUCCUACACUCCUUGUCUUAAUCAGUUUCCCCAGGAACUGAAUGUUGGCAAGAUCAGUGCAGAGGUCAUGUGGAAUAUGUUUGCACAAGACAUGAAGUACGCCAUGGAGGAGCAUGAGAAGAACCGCCUGUGUAAAAGUGCAGAUUAUAUGAACUUACACUUCAAGGUGAAGUGGCUCUAUAACGAGUACUGCAAGGAGCUUACCACUUUCCAGAAGCACGUACCUGAAUAUCCCGCCUGGUUUGAACCAUUUGUCGUCAUGUGGUUGGAUGAGAAUGAAGAAGUGUCGAGAGAUUUUCUACAUGGAGCCUUGGAGAGGGAUAAAAAAGACGGGUUCCAGGUCACGUCAGAGCAUGCUUUGUUCUCCUGCUCCGUGGUGGACGUGUUCUCUCAGCUCAAUCAGAGCUUUGAAAUCAUCCGCAAACUCGAGUGCCCAGAUCCUCAGAUCGUUGGAAACUACAUGAAGAGAUUCGCCAAGACAAUCGGCAACGUCCUGCUGUCUUAUGCUGACAUCAUUGCAAAAGAGUUUCCAAAUCACGUGAAGAAGGAGAAAGUGCCAUGUAUCAUCAUCAACAACAUCCAGCAGCUCAGAGUUCAGUUGGAGAAGAUGUUUGAGGCCAUGGGUGGAAAAGAUCUCAACCUGGAGGCAAGCGACUUCCUCAAAGAGCUGCAGAACAAACUCAAUAGCGUCAUGGAUGACCUCAGCCGCAUUUUUGCCGUCAGUUUCCAGCCCCAGAUUGAGGACAACGUGAGGCAAAUGGGAGACAUCCUGGCACAGGUUAAAGGUCAAACUGUCCCAGCAAAUGGUAGUGUGGUUCAGGAGGCCGACAACGUCCUGCAGCCUAUCAUGGACUUCCUGGACAGCAACCUGUCGCUGUUUGCUAAGAUCUGUGAGAAGACUGUCCUGAAGAGAGUGCUGAAGGAGCUGUGGAAACUAGUCAUGAACACAAUGGAGAAAACAAUCGUACUUCCAACACUUACUGACCAGACGGGCACUCAGAUGAUCUUCAACGCUGCUAAGGAGUUGGGCCAGCUGUCAAAGUUCAAGGAGCACAUGGGGCGAGAGGAGGCCAAAGCUCUGUCUCCUAAACAAUGUGCAGUCAUAGAGCUAGCACUGGACACUAUUAAGCAAUAUUUCCACGCCGGUGGUGUGGGCCUGAAGAAAACAUUUUUGGAAAAGAGUCCAGACCUGCAGUCUCUACGCUAUGCCUUGUCCCUGUACACGCAGGCCACGGACAAGUUGAUCAGGAAGUUUGUCCUCUCGCAGAACGCUCAGGUCCACGGAGGGAAAGGGAUCAGGUACUCUGCCAAUGAAGACACGCCUCCAGAGAAAGCUUCUGGAGUCGAUGCAGUCGGCGAGGUGGUUAUGUGUGUGGACAUUUUACCUCAGCCUAAUGGAGAACACAAGAUCAGCGUGAAAGUGGUGGCUGCUAAUGACCUGAAGUGGAAGGCUCAGGGCUUCAGGCCAUUUGUUGAGGUCUACAUCAUCGGCCCCCACCUCAGUGACAAAAAGAGGAAAUUUGCCACUAAAUCCAAAAACAACAGCUGGUCUCCGAAAUUUAGUGAGAGCUUCCAGUACUCGUUGGGCACUGAGGUUGGUCCGGAGAGCUAUGAGCUGCAGGUGUGCGUGAAGGACUACUGCUUCGCCAGAGAGGACCGCACCGUGGGAAUUGCCUUGCUGCAGGUGAAAGAAAUCGCCAGCAAGAGCAGUGUCACCUGCUGGAUGCCGCUGGGCACACGCGUCCACAUGGACGAAACGGGCCUGACGGUGCUGCGCAUCCUCUCCCAGCGCAACAAUGACGACGUUGCCAAAGAGUUUGUCAAGCUCAAGUCAGACCAGCGCUCAGCUGAGGAGGGCCGUAGCUGAGGCGGGGUGGGGGUGGGGGCGGGUUAGGGGGGUGGCAGGGAGAGAGGACACACACGUGUGCACAAAACCCCAAUAGAUAUAGUAUUAUGCACACAUAAAACACACACACCUAAAGAAAUGUGCAAUACACAAGCACACACAAGAAAUGCUCUAUUGUACAUAUGUCUGCAUACAUUAUGCAACAUUUACAUUAAAAUGUUAUCAAUGCAAACACAGAGGAACAUGUUUAUAAAAUCUCACGUUUCAUUUUAAAUAUUCACACUCAGUAUAGGGUUAGCGUCAUGUUAGCAGCACUUCUCAGUCCCUCACUUUACCUUUCCUAAAAACACAUCACACCUUUUAUACGCUGUACAUGUAGGUAUGAUAGAAUUCAGUGUUGAAAAACAAACCAUGUGAAUAGAUCGAGAACGACCACUUUGCACUUUGGCUUCUCUGUGUCUUCGGGGGAGCAGCCCUCGCCUAGCUGUUCUCCUUUCGUCGUCUGUCCGUUUGUCCGCUUGCCUGCCUGAUUGUCGUUCUUCCAUUUUGUCAUCCUUUAUCCCCUUCUUCUCUCUCCCCUGUCGUUUGCUCUGCGUGGUCUUCCUGAGGUGUGAAGUAAAAGAUCUAAGAUCAGCUUUUAGCCCAAAAAUCCAUAUAGGAAAAAAACACACACACAAACAUACAUACAGUAUAUACAUCAAGACUGACCUUAGAUCAGCGUCCAGGGGCAACAUCACUGCUAAUGUGUCCUAUAAUGUACAAACAUCCUGCAUGUUGACCCCAGGAACACUGUGAAAACUCUACUGUCCCUCCUCCCUACAGAAAAGAUGGAUGCCUCUGUUAUUUUACCUGUGAGCAUGGUGCAUAUGUUACCCUGGCACAACCCGAUUUUAUCGUUUCAUCCUAACCAAAACUUCAUCAUCAUGGAGAAAACCCCCGAUGAUGUUGUAAUGUGGUAGCCUGUAAUGCGUCGAUAAAGGCAAAAGUCGAGGUGUCCCCCCCCCCCCCCCCCCACACACACACACACACACACAUCCCGUCAAACAGAGCAAUAUCCCAGUGUUACACAUCCCCACCCCUAUAGUGCACACAACUCCAAAAAGGGCUAAAGGAUCAGUGGACUGGGACGUUAGUUUACGCACUCAUACACACUGUCCUCGCUUCUGUUGGCAAAAUGGCCACAAGGAUUCCACCAUGUGCCCCAUCACACUGCACAAGUGACACUGUGGAGGAACUUGAAAUAAAUCCACAUGAAAGACACAACACUGAACGAUGCAUUCAAACACAUCUCUUAAAGGCAAUAGUGGUUUGUUUGUAUGUUCACUGAACCUCCUGGUUUAUAUGAUGAACAAAGCUCUCUGUGAACACUGAUGUGUCUUUGUUAUGGUGUGCGUGCAUGUAUGUGAGGGUGCAUGUGAGAGUAUGUGCGUGUGUGUGCUGAAUGUCACACCUGCACAAUGGGCUGAGUUGGAGAGCAAUAUAUUGUACCUACAUACCUAAAACACACUUUUUCUGUCAAUUUAACCACAGCAGCAGCAACUGCAAUAUGCAGAUCCUGGAAUGGAAUCAUGUUAUUUUUUGUGUGUAUGAAAAUUUAAGAUAUUUAUUUAUUGACUCCUAAUUCCUGCAUGAAGUGUGUAAGCUUUUUUCACAUGCUUUGGGUACGAGAGAAAUUUGUUCAUUGAUAUCCUAUACGCCUUUUUAGUAGGACCAAAUUUGCACGGACCAGAUCUCAAGUUGUUGUUUUUUUUUCUUCAAGAGAGAAGCCAUCAGAGUCGCCGCCAAGCUUUUAUUUCCAUGUUUGGGUCUUGUCAUGUGCGUAAAAUGAAUCCUUUCGUAUUCGUAGUCUUGAAGUUUGUUGGUGCAACUCGACAUCAGUGACAGUGAGUUAAAGCUGCAGUAGGUUUUUUCUCUCACUGUGUGGAGCUACACUAGACGUCCCUGCUGGCCUGUCACAUGUUGUCUUUACUAAACACUGUUGAAUCCUGCCAAAAACAAAGCUUUGAAUGUCACUCAUCCCCCUGCAGAGCCUUCUUUCCUCAAAGGGAUUGUAAAAUACAAAUCAUAACCAUGACUUAUUAUUUUUGUAAACUAGCCCUUUAAAAGGAGCUUGUUUCAUUGUCUGUAUUUGCUGUCUUAGGUGAAACAUGACCUGUCAGGUUGUAGCUCAAAGAGCAACAACAACAAAAAAUAAUGCAGAAUGUAGUCAGGGGCUCUAUUGGUUGCCUGCUUUGCAUUUGUACUCACACACAUUCACACCCCUACACACCUACACACACACACACACACACACCUAUACACAGAUCUCUGCUCAAGCACAAAAGGGCACAUGUAAGGAGACACACAUGCAUGCAUGCACGCCAACACAACUCUGUGGAGACCAAUGGCGCACACCCCUGUGAAUAGAAUCAACUUACAAUUGCAUGAAGGGAAACUUAAUUGUGCCAGCACGUGUCUCUUUGAUGUUACUCGGCUUUUUAUUUUACUUGUUCUUUACUUCCAAAGCAAUGUGAUGAGUCAUCAAUGUUUUUUUAAGGCUUGUGAAUACGUCAUCUGUAACCAAUAUGAAUGUAAUGUGAACACAGAACUCGCAUGAGAGAAUUAUUUUCUACAGGGGAUGUUUCUAAUUUGUUUCUUAUCAUUAUCGAUUGUUCUUUAAUGAGGAUGAAGAGGGACUGGAAUGCAGCCUGAUUGUGAUCUGCUUCCUAUUAAAGGGACAUUUCUGUCACACUCUA